CCCUCCUCCUCGGCGUCCUCCUCCUACUGUCCAGCCAUCGACGAAACUUCAAAGCGACCCCACAAACAUUUACAACCAUCGGAUUUAUGUUUCCACACCGGGUGAUGCUGUGACCGGAAAGCAGCUGGAGUUAAGCCGGCAUGUGAAGCGUCUUCAGCGGCUGAAUCUUGAGACGUUAGCGGGAGGAUGAGCUCUUAGCCUGCGGUACGCCACCAAAGCUUCUCCGUUCUGUUAGCUGAAGCGUGCCCGUGUUGAUUCGUCAUGGCUCGUGGUUGCAUCUGCUGCGUUAAGUACAUGCUCUUUCUCUUCAACCUGCUCUUCUGGCUGGGUGGGUGUGGCCUGUUGGGUGUGGGCGUGUGGCUGUCCGUGUCUCAGGGCAGCUUUGCCACCCUGUCGCCCUCCUUCCCCUCGCUCUCCGCCGCCAACCUCAUCAUCACCCUCGGCACCGUUGUCAUGGUGACGGGGUUCCUGGGCUGCCUUGGUGCCAUCAAGGAGAACAAGUGUCUGCUUCUGAGUUUUUUCAUCGUUCUGUUGAUCAUCCUCUUGGCCGAACUCAUCCUCCUCAUCCUGUUCUUCGUCUACACCGACAAGGUGAGCGAAAAUGCCAGACUGGACCUGAAAGAAGGGCUGGUGCUGUACAACACCGACAACAACGCCGGCCUGAGGGAUGCAUGGAACACAAUACAGGGAGAGUGGCGCUGUUGUGGAGUGACCAACCACAAUGAUUGGUAUAUCGCGCUGCAUGAAAACGUGGUUCCUGACCGCUGCUGCCAGCAGGUUUACCCCGGCUGUGGACGCAACGCAUCCAACACCUUCUGGACACGGGGUUGCUAUGAGAAGGUGGAGGAGUGGCUGGAUGACAACAAACACCUUCUCGGGACCAUUGCCAUGUGUGUGUUGGUCAUACAGCUCCUUGGUAUGGCUUUCUCGAUGACGCUUUACCAACAGAUCCACCGGGCAGGAAAGAAAUAUGAAGCCUGACGGGAUUAACACAAUUUUUCCAACGUGUUAAUAUUAGUUACAUAUUCACCUUUUUGUCACAGAAAAAACAAGCCAGUUACAGUAUGUGCCACUAAACCCUUUUAUCUCACAUUUUUUCCAUCUGUUGAACUAGUGUUUCUAAUGGGUAGCAUUUGUAUUGUAAUGUCUGAGAUUUGCCUCUGACAAUCCAAACAAAGAUAAAGGACUGAGUAUUUGGUUGUUAAAGACCAUGCCUAUGGCAAGAAGACACCUUCUCUGGAUCUAUUUACAUAAAAUUAUUAUAAUGUACUAACAUCUUGACUAAAAGCACUCUUCAUAAAUAUAAUUGAAUGUUG